GUUUUGGAUGCUUGAUGUUGCAACCACCAUUCUCAUUUCUCACUCCUCUCAUGAAAAAACUCACCUCCUAUAUUCCCUAAUCCCUACCACUCUUUUUCUGCAAAAUCUUUAAAAAAUCAAAUCUUCAACCUCUCUUUCCAAAUUCCAAGUCCCCUCUCUCUCUCUCUCUCCUCCCCAUCACCCACACAACACACACUAUCCAAACAAACAAGAACACCAUCAAUAACCAGGCUUCUUCAACAAAAAAUGUCCCAAGAUCACCAACCCAGAUACAGAAAACCCAAAACACACCCAGAUCCAAUCCAACCGACAAGACCCAAAUCCACAAUCUCAUCCAUCCUCUCCACAUUCUCCCCCACCACAGAAGACCCCCCAACCCCAGAUAAUACAAACACCAAGAAAAAGUUAUUUACAGCCACAAGAUUUAGAGGCCUGGGGUGCACUGCUCCGGCACAGGUGUCGGUUCCGGCGAUGAUAAGAACAUCUGCAAACUGGGAGGGGAAGAAAGUGAGGAAAAAGAAGAUGAAAAAGAACAAGAAUUCUGCUUCUGCAAGUGAUGAUAUUGGUGGGUUAGAGAUUUCUGCCAGUGGUAAUAAUAAUAAUAAUAGUAAUCCGGUGAUGGUGGGUUCAUCAUCUUCUUCUUCUUCUUCUUGUUUGGUUGGGCCGGAUGUGUGGUGUGGGCCUGGAAUUGGGUUGUCUACAGAUGCUGCUAAUGUGGAUUGUGUGGUAUCAAGGAGGCCUGUUGUGGUUUCUGCUAGAGGGAAGGUUGAUAUUGAUAAGGUUAAUGUCAGGGAGAGAGUCUCAUAUGGUGGAAGGAGAAUGGUGCAUCCUGAGGACCUUCCAUUUUUCGAUACCGAUUCUGGAAUUCCACACCAUCGAUUAGAUGUAUUUGGAUCUCGACAUCAUCGCCAUCUUAGACACCGUUCUCCUGAAGGCCUUGCCGAGAUUGUUAUGCUCCAAGGUAAUUUACUAAUGGGGGGAAGAUUAGAUCAUGAUCGAUACAGAGACUGGAGGCUUGAUGUCGAUAGUAUGUCUUAUGAGGAACUGCUGGAGCUUGGUGACAAAAUUGGGUACGUGAGUACCGGUUUAAGAGACGACGAGAUACGUCGUUGUGUCAGGAAAACCAAGCCACCAAUGAACAAGUCAUCAUCUCACAUCUCGACAGAGAUCCAAUGGAAAUGCACCAUUUGUCAGGAGGAACAUGAAGAAGAGGAUGAAAUUGGCAAGCUGGAGUGUGGGCAUUUGUAUCACAUGUAUUGUAUAAAGCAGUGGCUGGGGCAGAAGAAAACGUGUCCCAUCUGCAAAACAGCGGUUGAGUCUCAACAGUAGGCUGGCGGUAUCCUACCAUAGCUGAAUCUAUUUGUGCAUAAAACUAAAAAAAUGAAAAGAUUUGUUUCUGUGUUUUACAUUUUUCUUCCAUUGUGCUUGCUUAACAUGAUUUUACCGGGUAUUUGUUGGAUUUAACUACAGUUAUUACAAGUGCCGCUACCAUUGUCUUGAUUUGUGUUUUUGUUGUAUAACUUGGCUUCCCAGCUCUCGUAUAUUCAUCAACGUCUUGUUGUUGGCCUUGAAA